AAUCAAUACUUUAGUCUAAAAGUUUUUCCCUGCAUAUAUAACGCAUAAUGAACCGUGAGAUUAACACGAAGAACUUGGACAACAACACGAGGCAACUCAUUAGUGAUGCACUACUAUCACAUUCAAAACAGAAUCCAGACGAUUCAUUCUCAGCUCAGUAUGGGCAGAUUACCAAACUUGUUUCAAACUUCAAAGUUUCUAGGAAAAGUGUCAGUAAAAUCUGGGCAAUUGUAAAGAAACAAUUAGAGCGGGGGGCUACCAUUGAUGUGAGUAGCAAGAUUGCAGGAAAUAGUGGAAGAAAGAGGGUUGUUCUGUAUUUAACAGUUGUUGUAGACACUCCCCUGAGGAAGAGGACUAAUCUGAGAGCAUUAGCAGCAGCAAUUGGGCAGCCUAAGUCGACAGUUCAUGAGUGGGUUAAAAGAGGUAUGCUUAGGAGCCAUUCUAAUGCUAUCAACCCAUAUUUAACUUAUGCAAAUAAGAUCACAAGGCUGAGGUUCUGUUUAGAUCAGGUUGACCCUUACAGCAUGGGUAGUGUGCCUAAGUUUAAAACAUUUAACAACGUUUUACACAUCAAUGAGAAGUGGUUCUUUAUGUCUAAAACUUCCCAGAGGUUUUACCUCCUUCUAGAUGAAGCAGACCCUUACAGAGCAUGUAAAUCAAAAAGAUUCAUAGCCAAAGUCAUGUUCUUAUGUGUGGUUGGGAGACCACUUUUUGGAGAGAAUGAAGAGGUGUUGUGGGAUGGGAAAGUGGGGAUCUUUCAUUUCACAGAAAGAGUCAAAGCUAAAAGGAACAGCAAGAACAGGGCAAAGGGGGAGGUGGAGGUGAAAGCAAUCACCAGUGUUACCAAACAAAUCACAAAAGAUAUGCUAAUCAAUAAAGUCAUUCCAGCUAUCCAAGAGAAAUGGCCAUCACAAUUAUCCAAAGAAAUACACAUUCAGCAAGAUAAUGCAAGGCCACACAUCCAAGGAAUAGACUCAGACUUUGUGGCAGCAGGUAACACCAAUGGGUUUGACAUCACUUUAGGUAAUCAACCCCCCAACUCCCUUGACCUAAAUGUGUUGGACCUUGGAUUUUUCAGAGCAAUUCAGUCUUUAAAAGAGCAAUGUGCUCCAAACACAGUAACUGAAUUGUUAGAGGCAGUGAAAGGAGCAUACAGUUCUCUAAGGCCUGAAACCCUAAACAAAGUGUGGUUGAGUUAUCAGCAAGCAUUGACUAAAGUCAUGGAAGAUGAAGGAGGUAACAACUACAGGCUGCCACAUAUGGGGAAAGACAGUCUAGCCAGGGCAGGGAACCUUCCUAAGUCAUUGACCAUAGACCCAAGCCUAAUUCAGAAGAUAGUUACAGUUCUUGGACAGAAUGGGACUAGCAAUGCAGACAUGGGUGAGUUCAACACUGAAGAGGAAGAAGAAUAGUUGUCUUCAGAGUUGAACUGAUUCUAUGGGUGGUUGCCAUUGUAACGCCCUAAAACAUACCCUAAAAUUUUUAAUGAAUAAAUAUUCAAUUA